UGUGUCCCCAAUUGUUUUAUGUAUACAGACGUGUUCAGCGUGCUCCAAAGUGCAUUUCUACCUUAAAAUCUCCUCUGACCCAAAUUGUGUCAUAGUUCAGAUUUUUGUGUGUGUGUAUGGUUGCAGCACCGCCCCCCCCACCCAAAUCUGUGUAUGUUGUAAAGCGCCCCCUAAUGGAAGUGUGUGAAUUGCACCCGGGUCACAUGAUCCAUUUAGACCAAUCACUGCCCUGCUUGGAGCAAACGAGGAAGUCUGUCAGCUCAAAGCCUACUAUAAGCGUAGGCUAACGGUAGCGCUGUAUAUUAAACAUUAGCUAUGACCUUUUAGACAUUCAGUAGCUUAUAUACAGAAUACGUUUAGAAAAUCAUUUUGAUUUCUAGAAAAAUAGACAGUGAUUUUAGCAGUAAUUUAACUUUUAUUUUUUUUCUACACAAACACCGUCAUUAAAAUGUUCCUAAUAUUUAUCAUUAUGAAUAUUUAACUAGAUUGUGCUGAGCUAACGCUAACAUAUUAGCAUCAUUAAUUGGCAACUAGUGGACGUGAAAAACGCAAAUACAGUCACAAAUUGUGUAUAUAAAGUAAAAACCCUGAAAGCAGCACUGCUAAUAUCAGCAAACAUGUGCUGUGUUCAGAAUGUUCACUCAUCCCUCAUUCGCUAGUGUGAACUUAUCAGGGAGCAAUCUAUACAAUUCAGGUACAGCAGGACUAAAUGGGUUCAGACUAUGUAGUGCACUAUUUCUGUAAUAGGGACUGAAUCAAAAUGAAACCCAAAGCUCCCGCAUGGUUUUAUCCACGUUUGGCCGAGGAGGAUUUUGCCCCGAGCACAAGGGAGAACCUGCACUAAGAGCGAAGACGCUGGACAAGAAAGACUGUUAAGACAAAAUGGCAAAAAGACUGAUAAGACAAAAGCAACUUAGUCCACAGCAAGAUGCUGAGAUUUACAUCAAAAUGAAGACAGACAAGCCGGGUCUUGAGGAAAAAUUCAUCAGCUCUUUUAAAGGGCGAGGUGUAUUUUCAACUGCAAACUUUUGCAAGGGAGAUUUUGUCCUGGAGUACAGAGGGCAACUCUUAACACAAAAUCUUACCCAGAAAAAUAUUUCAGAAACAGUGUUUAUUUUUGAUUUUCAAUGGAGAGGGAAGUACUGGAGUGUGGAUGCAUCCGUUGAAGACAAGUCUUUAGGGAGGCUUGUAAAUGAUGAACACAAGAAACCAAACUGCAAAAUAAAAGUCGUUGAGGUGGAUGGAACGCCGCACCUGUGCUUAUUUGCACUUCGAGAUAUUUCACCAGGAGAAGAAAUUACCUAUAACUAUGGGGAUUCAGAUUGGCCCUGGCGCAAACAGGUUAAACCAGAAGCGUCCACUGUCAGGGCUCAUCAGAAGCUUCUUAUCACUACAGGGGAUGAGGUAAAAGAAACUCUUCCCAAGAGUUAUUCUUUGAAAUGUACAGAGACAAAAUUGACUGCUGAAAAAGUUCAAGAAAGGAGUGAGUCUCUCAGAAUUAUCGAGAGUGAGGAACAAGCAGAACCCUCCGUGAGCUGCAUCCAAAAGAAGCCUGAGACAGACUGGUCUUCCUGCCCAGUUGAGGAAGAGGCCAGCUCACAGCACAAGCCUUCAGAUGCUGGAGACGACCUGGUACGAACAAAACAUGUCAAGAGCCAUUUUGUGAGGAACAAGCAGACCAUUUCUUCACGUCAGCCUAAAGGAAGGGUUAAGUCGUUCAAGGAGUGUGUUGGAAUUACAGAGAGUGAGGAACAAGCAGAACCCUCCGUGAGCUGCAUCCCGAAGAAGCCUGAGACAGACUGGUCUUCCUGCCCCGUUGAGGAAGAGGCCAGUUCACAGCACAAGCCUUUGGAUGCUGGAGGAGACCUGGUACAGACAGAACUUUCUGAGAGGAAGCUUAUGAAGCCCAAACAGACCAUUUCAACUUCCCAAAGAGCUCAAGAAAUGGUUAAGCCACCAACAAAGUCUUUUGGAAUUAGAGAGAGUGAGGAGGAAGCAGAACCCUCCGUGAGCUGCAUCCCGAAGAAGCCUGAGACAGACUGGUCUUCCUGCCCCGUUGAGGAAGAGGCCAGUUCACAGCACAAGCCUUUGGAUGCUGGAGGAGACCUGGUACGAACAAAACAUGUCAAGAGCCAUUUUGUGAGGAACAAGCAGACCAUUUCUUCACGUCAGCCUAAAGGAAGGGUUAAGUCGUUCAAGGAGUGUGUUGGAAUUACAGAGAGUGAGGAACAAGCAGAACCCUCCGUGAGCUGCAUCCCGAAGAAGCCUGAGACAGACUGGUCUUCCUGCCCCGUUGAGGAAGAGGCCAGUUCACAGCACAAGCCUUUGGAUGCUGGAGGAGACCUGGUACAGACAGAACUUUCUGAGAGGAAGCUUAUGAAGCCCAAACAGACCAUUUCAACUUCCCAAAGAGCUCAAGAAAUGGUUAAGCCACCAACAAAGUCUUUUGGAAUUAGAGAGAGUGAGGAGGAAGCAGAACCCUCCGUGAGCUGCAUCCAGAAGAAGCCUGAGACAGACUGGUCUUCCUACCCAGUUGAGGAAGAGGCCAGCUCACAGCACAAGCCUUUGGAUGCUGGAGGAGACCUGGUACGAACAAAACAUGUCAAGAGCCAUUUUGUGAGGAACAAGCAGACCAUUUCUUCACGUCAGCCUAAAGGAAGGGUUAAGUCGUUCAAGGAGUGUGUUGGAAUUACAGAGAGUGAGGAACAAGCAGAACCCUCCGUGAGCUGCAUCCCGAAGAAGCCUGAGACAGACUGGUCUUCCUGCCCCGUUGAGGAAGAGGCCAGUUCACAGCACAAGCCUUUGGAUGCUGGAGGAGACCUGGUACAGACAGAACUUUCUGAGAGGAAGCUUAUGAAGCCCAAACAGACCAUUUCAACUUCCCAAAGAGCUCAAGAAAUGGUUAAGCCACCAACAAAGUCUUUUGGAAUUAGAGAGAGUGAGGAGGAAGCAGAACCCUCCGUGAGCUGCAUCCCGAAGAAGCCUGAGACAGACUGGUCUUCCUGCCCCGUUGAGGAAGAGGCCAGUUCACAGCACAAGCCUUUGGAUGCUGGAGGAGACCUGUCUGGAACUGCACAACCUGUCCAGAGCACAAAUAUGAAACAGAAUGCAUUGGAAAAGCAACGUAAAAUGCUCUGCACGCUGAAGCAAGAACUUUCCCGUGAAAUUUCCAAGAUAGACAAAUUGUUGGAUAUAUCAUCUCCUGGAGCUCACAGCCCUGACAGCAACUCCUCACUCAGUGAUGAAGAUGUAGAGGAAAAAAUUUCAUCACCACCACCUGGGAAAUCUUCAUCUAGAAAACGAUCUGGGAGUAAAACAGACUAUGAGCCAAGAAAACGUCAGACCAUUGGAAGUUCCUCAGAUGACUCACCUGAGGAGUCUGGUAAUACGGACUGCAGCGAUGUAGAUUACAUUCCAGGCACUGAUGAAAGCUCCUCUGAUCAGUCCGGAAGAAGUUUGCAGCCCAUUGCAAAGAAGCCUUUGCUUGUUCAAAGAUUUUCCAUCUCAUCUUCAAAGCAAGACAACACAGAGAGUACACAAAAUCUAACCGAAAACAGCAGCAAUAUGUAUGUGUUGCCUCCAUCAAAUUUAAAGGCUCAGAGGGUGUAUGACAAAAGGAACUUCUGUGCAUUUUGCUUUAAGCCAUCAUCCAAAAUUGCUCGCCAUCUGGAAAUAGUCCAUCGAAGCGAAGUGGAGGUUGCACAAGCUGUUCAGUAUCCAAAGGGUUCUAAAGCACGAAGAACAAGACUGAAUGUUCUGCGAAAUCGAGGAAAUUUUGUCCAUAAUGCCGAAGUUGUGAGAAGGGGAACAGGACAGUUAGUGGCAUGUUACCGACCUCGUGAACAAAGGGACGCGAAAGAUUUCAUCCAUUGUGCUCACUGCCAAGGACUUUAUUCUAAAAGGACUCUGUGGAGACACAUGAAAAACUGCCCAAAGAAGACACAAGAUUCUGAUGAAUCCCCCAUCGCAAGAAAGCGUGUUAGAUCUCUGUGUGCUCUUGCAACACCAGUUGGUCGGGAUAUAAGUGAGGGUUUAAAAAAGGUCCUGUCUCAAAUGACGUAUGAUGAUGUAUAUCAUACUGUCCAAAAUGAUAAGUGUAUUUUGCAGUUCGGUGAACACAUGUUCAAUCGGCAUGGGUCAGAUGUUAGCAAGCACGAUUACAUACGCCAGAAAAUGCGUGAAGUAGGAAGACUUCUCUUGGAAGCUCAAAAAUUAACCCCACUGAAAAAAAUGGAAGACUUCAUCAUACCUGCUAACUUCUCGCAUGUUGUAUCGGCAGUGAAAGUGGUGGCUGGAUACAAUCCUGAAAAGAACACCUACAGCAUUCCUUCACUGGCCCUCAAGCUCGGCCACAGUCUUCAAAAGAUCUGUAGCAUAGUUGAAAGUAAUGCUAUGAUAUGUGGAAACCAAACCAUGGCAGAACAAGCUAAGAAUUUCAGGAUCAUACACCAGGCCAGAUGGAAUGAGUUUAUCUCUGCAGGUGCAAUAACGACUCUCAAGGAAGCCAAGUGGAAUGUCCCACAGAUUUUACCAUUCACAGAAGACGUUAAGCUUUUGAAUGCUCACCUGGAAAAGAAACAAGAUGAGUAUGAGAAGCAACUAAGAACAAUCCCAACAGCUGACAGUUAUGCUUCCCUGGCUAAGGUAACACUUGCUUUAGCAAUCAUCUUUAAUAGGAGAAGAGCAGGAGAGGUGUCAAGAAUGGAUAUGUCUGCUUUCAUGUCAAGAAAUAAUGCAGAACUACAUGAAGAUAUUGCUCUUUGUCUACCAAAAUUUGAGCAAAAGAUGUGCCAGUUCUUUUCCAGAGUUGAGUUUCGUGGGAAACGAGGGAGAAUGGUUGCUGUACUUUUAAAACCAUCUAUGGUAGCAUCUCUUAAGCUCCUUGCUGAAAGCCGUGAGAAGUGUGGAGUCCCAAAAGAGAAUCCCUUUAUGUUCGCGAGACCUGGUGCAAUGUCUGCAUACAGAGGGGCAGAGUGUCUCCGCAAAUUUGCAAAUGAAUGUGGGGCCAAACAUCCUCAGGCACUCACAUCCACAAAGCUCCGUAAACAUAUUGCAACCAUGUCCCAAGUCUUGAAUCUGGAGGAAAAUGAGGCUGAUCAGCUUGCAGAUUUUUUAGGACAUGAUAUCCGCAUCCAUCGACAGUACUACCGUCUGCCACAAGGAACUUUGCAGCUCGCUAAAAUGAGCAAAGUUUUAAUGGCUAUGGAACGAGGAAUGCUGUCGGAAUUCAAAGGCAAAUCGCUGGAUGAAAUUGAAAUACACCCUGAUGAGAACCUGGUUCAUUCAGAAUGCGAACUGUCGAGUGAUGAUGAUGAAGACGAGCCUACAGACACAGUAGCAGCAGAAUCUAUUAAGCCCGCAGUUCCAGCUACUGAUCCUGAUUCCACAGCAUCUUCUAUAGCACCUAUCACACCCAAACAACCAGAUGCCACAAGAAAGCCAAAACGUAAGUGGGAAGACUCAGAGGUACGUGCAGUAGAGCGACACCUGAUAAGAUUCAUCCAGACCGGUAAAGUGCCUCAGAAGCGAGAGUGCAUCCAGUGUUUACUUGCAGAAUCACAUGUGCUAAGAGAGAGGUCAUGGACAGAUGUGAAAAAUUUUGUAAGGAACAGAAGCAUCACCUUGAAGAAACAAUUCAGCACCUCGUUAGUGUAAAAUGGGGUUAACGAAAAAAAAAGCCCUGUUCUGCUGUGCCCUUGGGUAUUUGACAAAACAGGAUUUGUCAGUUUAGCUAGAUAACUGAAGCCCAAAGUCAAGCCUGUCCAGUAGGAAAAGAGUUGUGGAACAUUCCUAUCACAUAAUCCUGAAUUUUGGGCUUAAGAUAUCUGGCUAACUGCUUUGUGAAAUAUACUUCCAGCUUUGUAAAAUACUAUCUUGUUGGCAAGUAUGUAGUUAAGUUUUUCUUCUUGUUCCACUUGAAAAGCAUUUUUAUGUAUCUUAUGUUUGUAGAUUAUCCUUGCUGUUAGAACAAAACCUUGUAUCCCCAAAUCACGUCACGAUGCUGCAGAAGAAGGAAAAAUGCCUUUACAUUGUCAAAGAAAGUUAAUUUGAUGAGAUUCUAUUCCAAAUAGUUUUGGAGCAUUUUAUUUUAGUUCAGUCAUCACAAAAUUUUUACACAAUGUAAGGCGCUUUUGAAUA